AUGAGUGGGGAAACUAAUAGUACUUCUUCAUGUUCAGGUGCAGAGGUGGUGGCAUCUGGGAAGGACCCACGAUUCAUGCAGUUUCCGUCACCGGUGUACUUUGUGCGAUGGAUAGAUGAGCGUCACGCAGUGAUUGGUGCGGGCGGAGGUGGAAGGCGUUUUGGUAUGGCCAACUUGUUAGCAAUUAUUGCUGUUGAUACCUCACCACGACAACCCACUCAUCCUUUUCACGACAAACAAAUACAACAGCGACAUAAUAAUAAUAAUAAUAAUAAUAAUAAUAAUAGUAAUAAUAAUAACAAUAAUAGUAAUAGUAGUAGUAGUAGUAAUAAUAAAAGACAUGAACAUGGGGAGGGAGAGCUUCCUAUGGAACCAUGGAGGUUUGUUGCAGCUGUUGAGAUGGGGGAAAACAUUCCCUGGUGCGCAUCAUCCUUUCUGCCCUGUAUUGACGAGAUACAGCUUUCCCAAGGAGUUGUGGGAUAUAUUGCAGUAAGUCACGUUACAUGUUUUACAUUUGUAGAGGUGCGACGGCCUUUUGAAGGAAAUGGUUUAUUUUUGCGUUGCUUAGCCUGUGUUGCACUACCAUCCGAUCCCAAAAACCCUGACAAGAAGCCCAUUGCCCUUGUACAGGGUGCUGUUGUAGUCGCACAUGAUGAAGGUGGUGUGCAUAUAUACAGUCUUCGUUCUUUUUUGGAAACACCGACUAAUUCUUUGACCGAUGAAUUGGAUACUUCUCCUAUAGCAACCAGAGAAGAAUCAUCCACUAGGGAUGAUACCACUAACACAUGUGAAGAUCAGAAUAAACAGACAUCAAAGCAGCAAGAUACCACUGCAGCUGCCUCGCCUCAAUUAACAGGAAAAGGAAUAAAACCUAUUGCCUCUUGGGCACUGCCAGCCCGUGUGAACGAUCUUCAUGCCAACCGUUUUUUUGUACCAAAAAAAUUAGGUAAUCAUAGUGGUAAGACAAGGCAUUGGUAUCACUCCGAUUAUCUUAUUAUUGCUGCCCUUGUGCAGGACAAAACGCUUCGACUAUGCACAAUGAAACUUCGACGCAAUUACCACAAAAGUGCUACUAGUUAUGGAAACAAGAUGAUUGACAAGAAUAGUAGAAAUGAGAAAGAAUAUUGUAAUACUAUUCUUGAAGAUGCAUGUGUUUUCACAGGUAAAGACUGUCGUAUUCCCUUCUCAUUGAUGAAAUCUUCCAUGCGGUUGGUACAACUGUUUGGUGUAGAGGAUGUUUCUCCAUCUCUAGUAGACGCCACUUGGAAAAAGUCACGCAGUCUACAUUGUAAAGAAGGUUCUCGUGGUGCGAUGCCAAUUGCUAGUCUUGUGGUCGUUGUUUACGAUGUGAUGGGUAAUCAGUCAUAUAUGCUUACAGCACAGGUCUUAAGUACAACUGCCAUUUGUGAUAACCAGUUUUUAUCAGUUAGUACUCCACCUAUAAGUGAUUCUAGCAGGGCUAUUUCUCCUAUCAUUGCUUCUGAGAUGGGUUCUUGUGGUGGGGCAACAUCACAUACUUCGGGAAAUAGGGGGUUCAAAAAACUUGCUCUUCGUGUUCUAUUUUCCUCGCAACCAUCACCCCUUGUGAAGGAAGGUGUUACUACCAUUUGUCCCUGUCACUAUCAACGGUGUGGAUCGGCUGAUUCUGCGGCUGUCACCGUCAUGAGAGGGCAGGGAGUGGGAACAGUCGUACCUUCCUAUUGGUUGGCAGGUACAGUUGAAGGAACUAUUUUAUCGAUACUCCACUCAGACGAUGAUAACUUUCAGGUGCUUUCAAUGAGGCCAUCAAAGAACAAAUAUGAGGCAAAACAAUUUUCGGCACUCCAUCGUGAGCCUGUUUCCUGUGUGGCUGUAUCACCCAUAAAUGAUGUUCUGACAAGUGAUAUUGCACAAAAUGUCGUAGUGUCGGUUCUCCCGUUUUGGGAGCGUUUGCCAAUUCGAUUACUUCAAUCUUCUACCAAGAGUGGAGUCUCCCACGGUUUAUCUGGCGUGCAAAACCAAAAAGAAAACUCCAUGACUAGUUUCAUUCCUGCAAACUGUACACUUGAUGGCACGACAAAUAGAGCAAUGAUAGUGACAUCCUCAGCAAAUGGGGUCGUAAGUAUGGGGGAGGAAUUCUCCAUACGACCAAAAUGCAUGGAUCUCUCACUUUUUCCGUAUAAAGAGAAGUCAUAUAAGUUAUUUCUCUACUGGAAUAUCACUCUACAAAAGAUACAAUUGAUAAUGGCUGUUGUGGUAUUACCUUUAAUAGCGAUACUUUUAGCAUACUGGCUAUUAUAG